GCUGAUGUGACAACGCCACAGAGACGAGAGAAGCAGCGAUGAGUUUGAGAGAAGCAGCCAGUUGCUUUGUGGUCUUCCUUCUUUCUGUGUCAGGGGUGCAGGGUGCGGACGGCUGGGGAGUGACGUGCACUCCUACUGAGAUCUGUGCUGUAAAAGGAUCGAAGGUGCAAAUACGCUGCACCUACAUGCACCCACCAAGAAUAAAUGACCAUGAUGUUGCAGUGGAGCAAAUGUUCUGGUUUACUAACCUGCAGAAUAGUGAACCUGAGGAUCUGAGAGCAGUCUCUGAGUACGCAGGUCGUGUGCAGUAUCACUGUGGAAACCACGCCUGCACUCUGACCAUCACAGACCUGAGAGAGAGCGACUCGGCUGAGUACAAGUUCAGGUUCAUAACAAACCAACCGACUGGURGAUUUACUGGGUCACCUGGAGUCACUUUGUCCGUCACAGGUGUCAAUGGAAAUUCAUGUGACAGAGUGAAUUACAUCGACAGAAACAUCUGUGCCUUUAAAGGCUCAUCAGUGGACAUCUCUUGCAGUUACAGUCCCCAAUAUUCUAUCACAUCUAAAUUCUGGUUCGUUGUUGAACGUAAGGAUGUGCAGCAGUAUCGCCGUCGACCUGUGGACUUACUCCAAGUCCCAGAGUUCAAACAUCGUGUUCAGGUCUUUGAAACAGAGCGAGGGCGCUCCACUCUGAGAAUAAAUGAACUGAGACUGAGCGAUUCAGCCCAGUAUCGGUUCAGAUUCAAAUCACAGAGGUCUGAAUGGGAGAGCAGUUUACCUGGCACCACUCUGACUGUCACAGAUCCAGAUGUUCAGGUGAUCUGCUCUCCGAUUGGUCCAACACUGACUUGUCACAGCAGCUGUCGUCUCUCUGCUCGUCCCUCCUUUKYYUGGUUCAAGAAUGGAAUAAAAAUUCACGGGGAAACGUCUCCAACUUUAAGAGAAUUCCUUCAACCUGAAAACAACUAUUCCUGUGCUUAUGAGCAUCACCGCUCGUCCCCUGUGUAUGCUCCGAAGGUUCCUUUACUGCAGCUGAGUCAAACUGGAGACAUGAUGAAGGACAGCUCUGUGUCUCUGACCUGCAGCAGUGAUGCUAACCCACCCCCUGCAUACGCCUGGUACAAAAACAACCAGACUUUGUUCAACACAGGAGCACAGCUGGUUUUCAGCUCCAUCCAGUUUUCUGACUCUGGAGAGUUUUACUGCACAGCUGAGAAUGAGCUGGGGAAGACACUAAUGGAUAAUUUGCCUCGAGGAUGA